UACUACAUCCCUGGCUGGUUGGAGGUCCGAUCCUGCUGAAUUGAAUCGGGGGUGGAGCAUCACAGCUGUGAAAGGAAGGCAGAGGGGGAAGGCGGAGAGCGAGGAGCCGCGGAGGAGGGGAAAAGCAGCCGCCUCAGUUAGAAUGGAUGUGGCUUUGUAAAGGCUUGGGAGAAGCCAUGCUGGGGGUCGCGGGAAGAGACUGGCUUUGCUUUCUCUUCUUUUCACUGCCUGUCCUAGGGCUGCUGGCGGCUCAGGAUCCGAGAUGGAGAAGAGGAGAAAGUGAAGCAAAUCCCUUGUCACAGCAUGAAUUGAUAAUACCUCAGUGGAGAACAGAGGGCCCAGAUGGAGAGAAGCAUCCCCUCAAAGCUGAACUCAGGAUAACCGCAGAAGGGAAAGACCUCAUCUUGGACCUGGAGAAGAAUGA